AUGGCAUCAGGCACCGAGGAAGUAGCUCAUGUGGAGUUGAGCAGCCAAGAGAAAGCGGAGUUGGAUGAGAUGGCCAAGGACGCCAAGAACUUGUGUGUCUCCAUGGAAAUAGUGAAUAAGUCCCGUGCCAUAAUUGGUAAAUAUAAAGAUGAAAACAUAACCGAGGUUAAGGGUAUAAUAACUCCUUAUAUCAUGUUAGGAGGCGUACUAAAGAGUCAAACAAAAGGACCGUUGACUCUUUUUGAUUCCAAGCUAUGGGCAGGGAACACUGUCGGAGACUAUCCAAAUCCUCUUAAUAGUAUUGGUGGCUUUGCACAAGUUUGCUCAACCUAUGACGGCAUUAAGGCGGCGGUGUUUUAUACUGGGAAGAAUAGUCAUGGUGUUGAAUGUGGAUGGCUUCUUGCUUGGGCCGACUCUAAUAAUACAGGGAGAAAGAUUUACGCGGAGUGUAGCCGUAAAAGCAAAUUCAAUUGCAUCGACUGGGGACAGAUUGAUAAUCGACUGAAAAAUUCAGGGAUAGUGCCAGUUACAAGGGCCUCGGACAGCGAAACUGGAACCUCGCUGUAUGCUAUGCUCUAUGGCGUGGAUUUGCUGUUUGAGACUUCAGAUACUCUUACUGCAGUCUUCUGUGGCUAA